AUACGUGUUUUCUACAAAAUUAUAUCUGAAAUCAAGCCAUUCCUUAUUCAUUUCGCAUCUCUCUGUCUCGAUAUAGGCCUUCUACAGCACCUGGACAAUAUCAUAAAUACAGAGCAAAACAAUUAUUGCCCAAAGGCUCCUGUACUAAUAAUUUAAAGGCUAUUUUUCUGAGUAAAGAACGUUUCGGCCGCCGAUCAUGUGCCAGCCGACCUUAACCAAAGUAGCAGUGAAUGGCACAAUAGGGUCCAUCUUUCUUAUCUUGGGAUGUGUACUUAUACCAGUAGGAAACGACCUAGUUGCAUACUUCGUUGAAGAGGAUGUUGCCAUUCAGCCUGGUACCACAGCUUAUGAUUCUUGGUUAAGACCACCUACUCCAGUCUACAUGCAGUUCUGGGUAUGGGAUCUCACCAACCCGGAAGCAUUCCUAGACGGGGGUAUACCUCAUAUGGAACAGAAGGGACCAUAUACAUAUGAAGAACUUCGAGAUAAAGAUAACAUCACGUUUAAUCCAAAUUCCACGGUCUCCUUCAAACCAAGGACAACUUAUGUUUUUAGACAGGAGUUAUCUGUUGGACUUGAUACAGACACUUUUACAACAGUCAAUCUGCCAGCUAUUACACUAGCUAACCUGUUCAGAGUUGAUCCACGACUAGAGGCUCUCCAGUAUCUGUUAAACGAGCUUUCGGGCGCUACAACAGUCAUUGAGAUACCCGUAGCUGGAAUGCUCUGGGGGUAUGAAGAUGCCUAUCUCAAGGCACUGGAACCACUCCUAGGAAAUAUCAGCACGGAAUUUGGAAUUUUUAUGGGGAGUAACGGGACGGGCGAAGCUGUGUGGACUGUAAACACCGGUAAGGCUGAUAUAAGUAAGCUCGGUGAGGUCGAAGUUUAUGAUGGAAUGACGUCACUGGAAUGGUGGUCGGAUGAAUAUGCUAACAUGAUCAAUGGAACAGAUGGAACAGCUUUUAGACCGUUUCUCACGCCAGAUGACCAGCUCUAUGUAUUUGUAGAUGAUCUUUGCAGAUCCGGAUUUCUCUCAUACGAGUAUUCGGGUAAAAUCCGAGGUGUACCCGUCUCUCAUUUUUCGGUUCCAUCUCUUCUCUAUGCUAACGUGUCUUAUUAUCCGGAGAACCAAGGCUUUUGUACUCCUCCGGGCAAUUCACCCUGUGUACCAAACGGACUCCUCAAUGUAUCAAACUGCCAAGCUGGCAAUGCACCGAUAUAUUUUUCUUCACCACAUUUUCUCUUUGGGGAUCCGUCACUCUUUGCCGCAGUCAGUGGAAUGAAUCCUGUACAAUCAGAACAUGAAACAUCAUUUGAUAUUGAAAUGUUAACGGGAAUUGCUUUUCAAGUGAUGAAUCGUCUUCAAGUUAAUGUGAAAGUUGGUCCUAUGUUGCAAAUGACUGAUGCCCGGAUGGUAAAAGAAGCGUAUUUUCCAAUUUUGUGGCUGAAUGAGUCAUCGACAAUCGACAAAUACAAUGCAGAUUUCUUCAUAACAGACGUAUUGGUCCCUCAAUAUAUUCUUCUUGGUAUCAUUGUGGUCUUCAUUGCGGUAGGUGGUGGACUCUUCAUCGGUGCCUCCGUCACAUUCGUCAUCUUGAUGUAUAAAAAGCAGAAAUAUAAAAACAUGAAAUCGAACACGAAUGAGGUUCUGGUUAAGUCCUAGUGACGUUCUCAUCCACAUCAGCAAGGAAACCAAAACGUGUCGAAAUCAACAAUCAUUACGUCAUCUUUCCCACGAUAACGUAUUCUUAGUAUAGACUGUUAAAAAACCUGAUGUGCUAAUUUAAACCUAACACCUAUUGGCUGUCUUUAGAGGACCACACCACGAUGGGUUAACAUUACACACAAGAGAUUGAAAAUAACGCCACUGAAGUGUGUUAAGGUUACGGUGUUGUAAUAACACCCUUGGGUGUUGAACACUGUAAACACCGGAGUAAAAUUAUUGGCGUGGUUCCUGCUAGUAUAGCACCGUAGAAAGAUUUCAGGGCAUACACCUCUUAGCUCUUUCUUCUUUGACGAACUUUGAUAAUUAUAAAGACAUGCAAAUAAAUUCCCAAAAAUGUUUGAAAUAUAAUUAGAU